AGCUGUAAUUAAGUGCAAUCACACUCUACCACACACUCUCUAUAGUAUCUAUAGUUGAGAGCAAGCUUUGUUAACAAUGGCGGCUUCCAUUGGAGCCUUAAAAUCUUCACCUUCUUCCCACAAUUGCAUCAAUGAGAGAAGAAAUGAUUCUACACGUGCAAUAUCCAGCAGAAAUCUCUCAUUUUCGUCUUCUCAUCUCGCCGGAGACAAGUUGAUGCCUGUAUCGUCCUUACGUUCCCAAGGAGUACGAUUCAAUGUGAGAAGAAGUCCAUUGAUUGUGUCUCCUAAGGCUGUUUCUGAUUCGCAGAAUUCACAGACAUGUCUGGACCCAGAUGCUAGCAGGAGUGUUUUGGGAAUUAUUCUUGGAGGUGGAGCUGGGACCCGACUUUAUCCUCUAACUAAAAAAAGAGCAAAACCUGCGGUUCCACUUGGAGCAAAUUAUCGUCUGAUUGACAUUCCCGUAAGCAAUUGCUUGAACAGUAACAUAUCCAAGAUCUAUGUUCUCACACAAUUCAACUCUGCCUCUCUAAAUCGCCACCUUUCACGGGCAUAUGCUAGCAAUAUGGGAGGAUACAAAAACGAGGGCUUUGUGGAAGUUCUUGCUGCUCAACAAAGUCCGGAGAACCCCGAUUGGUUCCAGGGCACUGCGGACGCUGUCAGACAAUAUCUGUGGUUGUUUGAGGAGCAUAAUGUUCUUGAAUACCUUAUACUUGCUGGAGAUCAUCUGUAUCGAAUGGAUUAUGAAAAGUUUAUUCAAGCCCACAGGGAAACAGAUGCUGAUAUUACCGUUGCCGCACUGCCAAUGGACGAGAAGCGUGCCACUGCAUUCGGUCUCAUGAAGAUUGAUGAAGAAGGACGCAUUAUUGAAUUUGCAGAGAAACCGCAAGGAGAGCAAUUGCAAGCAAUGAAAGUGGAUACUACCAUUUUAGGUCUUGAUGACAAGAGAGCUAAAGAAAUGCCUUUUAUCGCCAGUAUGGGUAUAUAUGUCAUUAGCAAAGACGUGAUGUUAAACCUACUUCGUGACAAGUUUCCUGGGGCCAAUGAUUUUGGUAGUGAAGUUAUUCCUGGUGCAACUUCAUUUGGGAUGAGAGUGCAAGCUUAUUUAUAUGAUGGGUACUGGGAAGAUAUUGGUACCAUUGAAGCUUUCUACAAUGCCAAUUUGGGCAUUACAAAAAAGCCGGUGCCAGAUUUUAGCUUUUACGACCGAUCAGCCCCAAUCUACACCCAACCUCGAUAUUUGCCACCUUCAAAAAUGCUUGAUGCCGAUGUCACAGAUAGUGUCAUUGGUGAAGGUUGUGUGAUCAAGAACUGUAAGAUUCACCAUUCCGUGGUUGGGCUCAGAUCAUGCAUAUCAGAGGGAGCAAUUAUAGAAGACUCACUUUUGAUGGGGGCAGAUUACUACGAGACUGAUGCUGACAGGAAGCUGCUGGCUGCAAAGGGCAGUGUCCCAAUUGGCAUCGGCAAGAAUUGUCACAUCAAAAGAGCCAUUAUCGACAAGAAUGCUCGUAUAGGGGACAAUGUGAAGAUCAUUAACAAAGACAAUGUUCAAGAAGCGGCUAGGGAAACAGAUGGAUACUUCAUCAAGAGUGGGAUUGUCACUGUCAUCAAGGAUGCUUUGAUUCCAAGUGGAAUCGUCAUUUAAAGGAACGCGUUAUAACUUGGUUGCCCUCCAAGAUUUUGGCUAAACAGCCAUGAGGUACAAACGUGCCGAAGUUUUAUUUUCCUAUGCUGUAGAAAUCUAGUGUACAUCUUGCUUUUAUGAUACUUCUCAUUACCUGGUUGCUGUAAAAAUUAUUCGUCUAAAAUAAAAAUAAAUCUACCAUUACACCAGA